AUGAUUCAUGGUUGCCCUGAGCUAGAAGAAUUAUACAUACAUCACAUUUACACUGACGAUAGAGAAUUCGAAUUCGAAGACAUUCCUCCAACACCUUACUAUUUAUACCACGACAACAUCAAGAAACUCACAAUUCGCUACAUCGACGAUGAGUCUUAUCGGAAUUUGAAAAUCUACACACCCAAUCUUGUCUACCUCGACUACUCUGAUUCUAUAACUUGUGAGUUUGAAUCAGAAAAUUGCUUAAAUGUCCUUUUAGAAGCCCGCCUCAAUCUUGUUUUCGGAUGGAGAUGGAGAUUGAGCAAUGAACACAUAAACUGUUCCAAAAUCAUGGAUUCUAUCUGCAAUGUUCGAAUCCUUUACCUCUCUUCUUCUACUGUUGAGAGUAUGUGCGGUUGGGGUGUAUGCAUUUCUCGGAUUAACAUCGGUGGGAAUGUGGUGAAAGUGCUUGAGAUACAAGGAUAUAAAGGAAGACUUGGGGAACUGAACCAAGUGAAGUUCUUCUUGUGGGGAAUGGAGAAUCUUGAAGAGAUGAAAGUGAACAUUAGUGAUGAGAUAGAGAACAAGUUGCAACUCACAAAUGCUCUUCUUGCUCUUCCCAAACGUUCAUCCAAAUGCAACAUCCAUGUCUUGUGA